AGACCUGGCCAUUCCACCGUCAGCAUCUAGUUAAUGGUGGCUCAUAUCUACGUAACUACGUUGACUACAUGUUCGGCACGGAGCGCGGACAAAGAAUUGAGUCUAUGGAGUUGAGAAAAGCUGAAGCAUAUCUAUCUCAAAUUAUUCAAGGGAUGUGGCUGAAGUUGGUCGUGGAACAUUGCCGGAGACUACAACCAUACAAUAUGGGGCUACUAUAUUGGCAAGCGAAUGACAUUUGGCCGACGGUUAGCUGGUCGACUAUCGAAUAUUCAGGCCGACCAAAAGUGGCUAUGACCAUGGCACAAUCGUUUUAUAACCUCAGCGAACCUACGAUGUUCUUCAACUACUCUAUCA